CAUUGAGUCUCGGGAGUCUCUUGAGUCUUUUGCAAUAACCUCUUAUACAUGUCAUGUACUCGCAGAAGGCCUGCACGACACAGGCUUGCCCCAUUUCCGCGCGCGGUUGACGGAUUUUCUCAUUCAUUUAUUAACCCUCACUACCUAAGAACAUGAGAUCUUUGCAACCGGGAUUCUUACCAACAAGUAGACAUCCCUAUUCAGCACCUGUUUCCCGCUGAACCACUACUCCAAGUAAUACAAAGAGACUUCUCUGAAUUCCCAGUCGAAUCUAGCCUCACAGCCAUCUCAACAUUUAAAGAUACCCAGGACAAAAUCCACACAUCUCACUCACAACCAAAUCCAUGGAUGCCAUCGAGACCCUCUUUUCAUGGGCGGAAACCCAAGGAAUCACAGUAUACAAUGUCGGACCCCGCGUCCUCCCGGGACGAGGCAUAGGAAUCGUCGCGACAUCUCCCAUAAAGAAAGACGACACGAUCCUUGACGUCCCCAUUCCCUGUCUGAAAACCAUCUCAACCAUUCCCAAACCCCUGACCCGCCCCUUCCCUAAAGACACCGCCGUCCACGCCCUCCUCGCCCUCGACAUCGCCCUCGACGAUGCCCCCUCCUUCAAGACCUGGUCCGCCGUCUUCCCUACGCCCCGGGACCUCGCCUCGUGCCCGCUCACCUGGCCCGAAGCCCUGACGUCCCUCCUACCACCCGCGGCCUCCUCGCUCCUCGUCGCCCAGCGCGAAAAGUUCGAGUCUCACUGGUCCCUGGUCUCCGCCGCCUCGCUCCCCGGCGGCGCCGCCGUCGGUUACGAAGACUACCGCCACGCCUGGCUCCUCGUUAACUCGCGCACCUUCUACCACGUCACCCCCAAGACGGCGAAACGGCACCGCGACGACCACAUGGUCCUCCAGCCUGUCGCCGACCUUCUCAACCACGCCCCGCGCGGCUGCUCCGUCGCCUUCGACGCCCGUUCCUUCACCAUCCUCGCCGACAGGGACUACAACCCCGGCGACGAGGUCCACAUCUGCUACGGCCGCCACAGCAACGACUUCCUCCUCGUCGAGUACGGCUUUGUCAUGGCUCCCGGCGAGAAUGACUGGGACGAGGCGUGCCUCGACGACGUCCUCCUCCCGCGGCUGAGCGACGCCCACCGGCGACGCCUCGAGGAGAGGGGAUUUCUUGGCAAGUACAUGCUCGACGCCGAGACGGUGUGCUACCGGACGCAGGUGGCGCUGCGGACCCUGGUGCUGCCGCCGAGGCGGUGGGCCCAGUUCGUCGACGGUUUCGCCGACGGCGAGGCCGAGCAGCCCGAGGUUGACGAGCUGUUGCGCGAGGUGCUCGCGGCGUACGAUGUCGAGAUCGGGACCAAGAUCGCGACCGCAGGGGCGCUGGACGAGGGAGAGGAGUUCCAGAGGCAGAUGGUCGUGGCGCGCUGGAAGCAGAUACAGGGGCUGGUGCGCGCCACGAUACGGAAACUAGACACAUGAGAUGAACCGCACUCUAACCGUCCUCCAAGCGAAGACC